GGCAUCACGUGACUAGAGGGUUUAAAAGGAUAAGCAUCAGUUUGAACUCCACUUUUGAGCGUCGCUCGUGUUGCACCCCGGUCGCUUCUUGGAGUUACUAACUUUCAGGGACUAUACUUAUAUACUAAAGAACCAAAAAUGUCCGGAUUGAAAAAAGCAGCACCUGCAAAGGUUGACCCCAAAAAGCCAGAACCCAAAAAAGAAGAACCCAAAAAAGAGGAGCCCGCUGCUGAAAAAUCUGAACAAAAACGAAGCCAACGUGCAACUUCAAAUGUGUUUGCUAUGUUCCGGCCAAAUCAAGUACAAGAAUUUAAAGAGGCUUUUACUAUGAUUGAUCAGAACCGAGAUGGUGUUAUUGAUCUUGAAGAUCUCAAGGAUAUGUACUCAAAUUUAGGCCGAAUUCCCCCAGAUUCAGAAUUAAACGAAAUGUUGAAAGAAGCUCCCGGAACUCUUAACUUCACAACGUUCCUUAACUUAUUUGGUGAAAAAAUGGGCGGAACUGACCCAGAAAAUACGAUCGUCGAUGCCUUCGCCAUGUUUGAUGAUGAUGGCAAGGGAUGGUUACCAGAAGAGUAUGUGAAAGAUUUACUGGAAAAUAUGGGUGAUAACUUCACAAAAGACGAGAUUAAACAAACGUGGAAGGAAGCACCAAUAGAAAAGGGCAAAUUCGAUUAUAAAUCUUUCACUGGUUUGAUCAAGGGUAAACAGUCAGAAGAGGAAAUAGCUGCAUAAAAGACGAAGUCCAUCCAUAAACUUUAUAUAUUUAAUCAACCCCGAUCCCCGGCGUGUGACCCUCUUAGUCUUAAUGACAUGACAAACUGGGAGCAGAGAGGAUUAUUCGCGACAUGGGUGAACUGUAGUGAUAUGAGAAAUUAGAAUAUAAAAGAAAUAAACCAACAUUAGCGGAAUCAUUCGGGCCAAAGAGUGUUCAGCAUUCCAUUACUGAUAUUAGAUGACGGCAGGACAGAAGUUUCCAAAUUAAUAAAAAAAAAUAAAUAAAUAAAGUCUACCGGGCAUCAUCAUCGAGCGCUCCUAAGUCACUCUGCAUUUUAGACCUUCGCUUCUGUUCACGGUAUGUGAUAACCUAAUUAAGAAAGUGUUAUAAGAAACGGUAUUGUUUGAUCGAGGCUUGCCUCACCCUUCUGUUGGCCCGAAAGGUUACAAUGAUGUCCCCAAGGAAAUCAUGGACAAUAAUUGUUGCUUCAAGCAACGUAAGGAUAUAUGAUGCUGUUUUAUGUACUAUAUAUAUGUAAAGUCUGACCUGUUGUUUUCUAUUGUGAGAUACAUGUGUUAUAUACAUUACAUAAACAUACACUGUACCGAGCAUUGUGUGAUCUCUCUAGAUUAAGCGCUUAAUACACUAAGCAAGUACUUGCUGCUGGGGUGCAGCUAAUACCACCAGGCAGCACCUUCUGCAUGUCUUUUCCCUGAUGUGAAAUGUUUGUAUGUGUUCUAAUUUAUUAAUAAAACCUGUGCACAGUGAA